AGCCCGUGCCUACCAGGAAGUUUAGCAAAGAAGUUCCAGUAACAGCGCAAAGCGAGAGGUACCUCGGCUCGGACGGCUCUGGUUUUGUUGUCUCGUUAGCUACAGGAAUCUCGUCCUUCCCGUGUUUGCUUGGAUUUCAGCACAGUGUAAAUUACAAGAAUGUCGCUCUAUCCAUCCCUUGAGGACCUUAAGGUGGACAAGGUCAUGAAGGCCCAGUCUCAGUUUGCCCACUCCACCACUCCGGCCCUCACAGAGGGCAGCUACCAGCCAGCAGUCGCCGCCGGCAUGGGGACCCCUGGAUCAACCCUCUACCCCAACCUGCAGGAGCUGGGCGAGUACAUGGGCCUGAACCUCAACAGUGACGAGGUGCAGAAGAACCUGGCGCUCGUGCCCAUGGCCGACACCCAGGUGGCGGUGCCCGCGGGCAUGGGCGUGGGCGUGGCUGGCAUGGUGCGUCCGGUGACGGGCGGUGACGUGGGCAUCAGGCGGGCGGAGAUCCGGCAGGGCCUGCGUGAGGUCGUGCUGUGCAAGGACCAGGACGGCAAGGUGGGCCUGCGGCUCCGCCAGAUCGACAACGGCAUGUUCCUGCAGCUGGUGCAGGCCAACUCCCCGGCGGCUCUGGCCGGCCUGCGCUUCGGUGACCAGGUGCUGCAGAUCAACGGCCAGAACUGCGCCGGCUGGAGCACCGAUAAGGCCCACAAGGCCCUGAAGUCCGCCGCCGAGACCCGCAUCGAGCUCGUCGUACGCGACAGGCCGUUCCAGCGCGCCAUCACCAUGCACAAGGACAGCUCCGGCCACGUGGGGUUCAUCUACAAGUCCGGCCGCAUCACCUCGCUGGUCAAGGACGGCUCGGCCGCCCGCAACGGCAUGCUGACUGACCACUACAUCUGCGAGAUCAACGGCCAGAACGUCAUCGGCCUCAAGGACACUCAGAUUAAAGACAUUCUGAGCACCUCCCCUACUGCCAUGACCAUUACAAUCAUGCCCAAGUUCAUCUACGAGCACAUGAUUAAAAAGAUGUCGGGCGGUCUGCUGCGGUCUGCCAUGGACCACUCCGUGCCUGAGGUGUGAAGCUCGCCGCCGGUCCUCUCCAGAUGCCGGUCCUCUCCAGACGCUACAAUCUCUCCAGCCUGCCCUGCCACAGACCGCGGGGCAGCUGCUCUACUGCUGAACUGAACACCUUCACAUUACCUCCAUCUAUCAGCACACACACACACACACACACACACACACAUAUACAUGUACCUUACCAGAGGCCUUCUUUUCUACUGGUUAUAGUUCAGUACUCUCCAUCUGUCCACUUCCUUUUUCUACCUUCUCAUUCUUUUAAUAUUGUUGUCUUUUAAAUGUACUUCAUAAUAAUGCAUCACAUUUAUCAAAUGUUAAUGUUUUUUUAAUUUGGCUCAUGACGUGCACCUUUUUUACUGUAUUUUGUUUUUACAAAGGAGCAGAAUUACGAAGCCAUAGGAUUGAGUUAAGAGCUUCUGUAGUGGUAAAAUAAAAGGAAAAGGAUUGAGGGCAUUGACUAGCACUCCUAAGCCUGACCCCCCCCCCGCAGUUUAUUUCCUAACUGAUGUUGAUUUAUGCCAAGAAUGAAAGACUGACUGGUUGAUUUACAGCUUCAGAUUGAGUAUGUGUUCAAAAUAACAAUAGAGAAAAAAGAAAA